AUGGUAGAGAUCCAGAGUGACGCAGCUCCACGACGACCUUUUCGGCGCACCCCACUUCAAGACCACACAAACGCAGAGGUCGACGCGGACAGCGAGAGCAAGAACAGAAAUAAAUGCGAGGAAUUCUGGGUAACGCACAUAGAUGCAGAGGUCGAUGUGGACAGCGAGAGCAAGCAUAGAAACAAACGUGCGGAAUGCUGGGUUACCCAGGACGGAGAGCUGCACACCACAAAGGCUGGUCCAUUGAUGAAAAAUUUCAAUGUCCAGUUGAAGACGCUCAAGUGGCUUCGGUCCAAAGAUGAUGUCUCGCUAGGCAUCCCAACAACUACUUGCGAUUCGCAGACGUCUACUCCCAAUCCCACGCCGUAA